GUUUUUUUUUCCAAUUCAACUCCGUUUUUUAGGCCGUCCUGGAGUCAAAGUUUGUCUUCAGUCGUCGUGUUGUUACAGGCAGCAGCAGUAACAUGACUCUCAUCAAAUGCUGGCCGGACUCUUGUAGAAGCACACGACUAAAACGGCCACUUGAUCACGAAGCGCGAACGAAAAGCUCGCAGUGCAGGAGACAAAUGGUUGAAACAGACUGUUCAUCGCAAGGUCAUGAUUGCAUGUGUCGAUGUUUCUCGGGUUCAUGUGGACGGAUUUUAAACUGGAUAAGUGACACUCGACCGUACAUACCCCCAAAAGAUCCCGAGGCGAGGAGAUGGUACGAACGUGGGAAAUGCUCGCGGUUUAACCUCUUGUUUCCGUUUUUAACUUUGCUUCUGGCUUUAGUGGAUACGGCAAUGGAUGUGAGAGUGGCGGUGUCUCAUUAUCGCCGUGGUGACGACAUCUGGGCUUCGCUCACGCUCGCCUUUGUAAUAAUUUCGGUUGUCAUUAUCGAAAUAGUGUCUGCGAACUGGUAUUUGGAGGAUGAAAAGGGUUAUAAGAAGGAAAUCCUUAAGAAACACGGAUUGGAAAUAAAAAAGUGGCAUUAUUUGUGUCAUUUUAUCCUGUGUGGAACUCUCUUAAGAUGCUGCCAAAUAUUUAAAACCGUGCGUCUUAUACGAAGCAUCAAAGGCCAAACAUCGGAUGAUAAAGAACGUUACCGCCUGUACAUUGCUCAACUGCAAGACGCAAGUACUCUUGGUGUGUUAGAGGCGUUUAUGGAAGAAGCACCUCAGGUCGCCUUACAAAUUUACAUCUUACUGCGACGAGGGAGCGUAGACUUAGGAUCGUUUGAAGAUCUGAUUGUUGUUCUCAGUAUCCCAAAGUCCCUUGCUCUCUUCGCCUUACACCUUGUGAUCUAUGCACGAUAUCUCAGGGACGGAGAUGAAGAAAGUCCGCAGAUGAGUUGGUGUAGUUUUAGUUCGCUUUUGUAUUUCGUGUGGCGUCUGUUUAUGCUCACAUCUAGGAUCUUAGCUCUCGCUCUGUUUGCUUCUCAUUUCACUCGCUUCGUGUUUGUGGUUGCUGGAAUUCACUUUAUUUUAUCAUACGCCCUGCUAUGGAGACAGAAUUGCGAAUAUUUCGAGGGCGCUCCGAUUAAACAGAAAUUAUUCAGAUGUGCUAUUGCGUAUGUCCAUAUGUUCUGCUUCUUUCCACUGGAAGGCAAAAACACUCGGAAAUGGGGUUAUCCGUAUUACAUAGUGACUUUUAUCGAAAACAGUGCUAUAGUUCUUCUGUGGAACUUUGUGGCCAGUUACAACCUGAAAUUCAGAAUAACAAUGCUGACUGCAGAAUGGACGACUUUUGCAAUCGGAAUAGCUUCUCUAGUUUUAUUCUAUCGCUGUUUUCAUCCUUCAUCUUAUCUGACUACGGAAAGAUCAGCGAGGCAGAUCCAGAGCGUGACUGAAAACGGCUCCAUGCAUCAGAGUUCUUCGACUUGUAAUGUCAACGACGUGUGAGGGAACAGAAUAUGGUUUUUUUCGGGAGUGGUACAGACCAGGAGCCUAAGUAAUGACUCAUUUUUACCGCCCACUGAGAACUACGAAUACAAAACCAACAAAAAACUGGCAAUAAAAAUUGUUUGUGUUACA